CAAAUCAAGAAUAAGAAAUGUUGUGGUCAGGGGCGGACUGACCAUUUAGAAACUUGGGCACUGCCCAAGGGCCCAGGGUCAGUAGGGGGCCCCAUGAGAUGCUCCUGGUACCUUUUUCAUAGGCUUUUUUGAGUUUGGGCAAGGACACAGGGGCCCCAUGAUCCCCUAUUGCCCGAGGGGGGCCCCAUGAGUUGUCAGUCCGCCCCUGGUUGUGGCUUUUUUUGAGUUUGGGCAAGGACACAGGGGCCCCAUGAUCCCCUAUUGCCCGGGGGUCCCAUGAGUUGUCAGUCCGCCCCUGCCUAUAUCAUUA